ACGCCGGUCUUCUUUUUCCCGUUCUUGUUGGUCAGUCCCAUGAAAGUAAUUACAGUGAUGAUUUCAUAAAUACACACUCACUCUGCUUCCUAACCUGUACCAUAUGCUACCUUUGUAGUACAUUUCUGCUACAUUCUUCUUUCUUUAAUUGAAUUUUUCCUUUCAGCUAUCAGUAAGCAUUUGAGCUGAAUACAAAAUCAUCAGAUUCCCAUAUGUCUAAGGUUUAUCGCGUUAAAGUUCUUCGUAAGAGAGUAGAGAGGGCUGAGCGGAAGCGAAUGCAAAACUAUAAAGUGCACCCGGAGCGACUAUCUGCGCUUGAAGAAUUGCUUAAUGAGAUUUAUACAAUUUGCCGCCCUAAACCAAGUGAUUAUGAACUUAGGAGAGAUUUGGUUUCUGUCUUCAAUGAGAUAGCAAAGGAUAUCUACGGACGUUCUGGUAAUGUUCCUGUUGUGGAGGAGUUUGGAUCUUUCGUAAUGGAUCUAUUCCAUUCAAAGAGUGACCUAGAUAUCUCUGUUAAUUUUGACAACAGUUCAGUUAAGAUUUCGCAUGAGAAGAAGAUUCAAACUCUCAGGAAAUUUGCAAGGAAGUUAUAUGCACUUCAAAGAGAUGGGCAUGUUUCUGGUGUUCAUCCAAUAACAGCUGCCAAGGUGCCCAUUCUGAAAGUUGUUGAUUGUGGAACGAAAAUUGAGUGUGAUAUAUCAGUUGAAAACAGGGAUGGAGUUUCAAAGUCUAAGAUAAUCCACAUGAUUUGUUCCCUCGAUGAAAGGUUUCAGAAGCUGAGCUUUUUGAUGAAAGCUUGGGCAAAAGCGCAGAAUAUUAAUAGCUCAAGAGACAAAACUUUGAACUCAUUAUCUAUAAUACUUUUGGUUGCUUUUCAUUUACAGACACGAAAUCCUCCAAUACUACCGCCAUUUUCUGCCAUAUUAAAAGAUGGCUCUGAUCCUGAUUCAGUGGAAAAGUCGUUGAAUAAGUUUGUGAACUAUGGGAAGAGCAACAAAGAGUCAGUUGCUGAGCUGCUAGUUACUUUAAUAAUCAAGUUACUGUCGGUCGAGAAACUAUGGGACAAAGGACUAUGUGCAAGCACCUAUGAAGCAUCUUGGCUAUCUAAAACAUGGGAUUCUAAAGUUUGCUGCAUCAGUGUUGAGGAUUUCACGGAUCAGUCUCAAAAUGUUGCAAGGGCUGUUGGGAAAGGAGAAGUAAAGCAGAUAUACAAGUGUAUCCAGCGUACUAGCGAAUACAUCUCUGCUUAUAUGGAUGGCCUCGUCGAACUACCAGCAUUACGAUAUCAAUUAUUCCGCCAUGCUGCUGCUCCCUUUAAAGUGGAUUCUCAGACCAGUAACAUUGAAGAAAAUGGAAAUAGCAUCACACUUCCUUGUAGAGAUAUCAAGAAUAAGGAGGAUCAAAGUACCGAAGGCCAGAAAGAAAGUCAGGGGGCUAUACCUUCUGAACCUAUCACGACGAAAAAGAAAUGGUCUAGCGAAGGUUGGGAAGGAUUAGCUUCUGAACCUAUCACAACCAAGAAGAAAUGGUCCACCGAAGGUUGGGAAGGAUUAGCUUCUAAACCUAUCACGACUAAAAUAAAAUGGUCUACUGAAGGUUGGGAAGGAUUAGCUUCUAAACCUAUGUCGACUAAAAGAAAAUGGUCUACCGAAGAUUGGGAAGGAUUAGCUUCUAAACCUAUCACGGCCAAAAAGAAAUGGUCUAGCGAAGGUUGGGAAAGAUUAGCUUCUAAACCUAUCACGACCAAAAAGAAAUGGUCUACCGAAGAUUGGAAAGAAUUACCUUCUGAACCUAUCACGGCUAAAAAGAAAUGGUCUAGCGAAGGUUGGGAAGGAUUAGCUUCUGAAUCUAUCACGACCAAGAGGAAAUGGUCUACUGAGGGUUGGGAAGGAUUCGCUUCUAAACCUAUCACGACCAAGAGGAAAUGGUCUACCGAGGGUUGGGAAGGAUUCGCUUCUAAACCUACCACAACCAAGAGGAAAUGGUCUACCGAAGGUUGGGAAAGAUUACCUUCAGUGACUUGGGGACAGUCAAAGGAGGAUGGUUUACCACCUGACUCUCUCUGGACAAAAAGAAAAACAUCAGAAGAAACCACAGGAGGAACUUCUUCUGCUCAAUGGUUGAGAAAAUCAGACACAAAACGUUGGUUCGCAAGAAAGAACAACAAUAAGUGUGCACCUAAGGCUAAGUGGUCAAACACGCAGACACGAGGUUGAGGAGGAAGACGAUGAACCAUUUGAUUCGAUGGCUUUGGCUUCUGGUUGGUUGAAUCGCUAGCUAGUUCAUACCAACUUCUUUGAUUUGUCCUCGUUCAUACGCCAGAAGUAUUUUGCGCGUAUGUAGUUGAAUCAUCUGCCCAUCAACUUUUUCAUUCUUGCUAGGACUUAAGAGUAUGUUGUAUGACCUAGCUUCCCCUUGUUUUGUACUUGUUUUGUUAGGACAUUUUUGUACAGGCAAUGACCUAACAAAAUGGAGUAUUAACUGCUCAAUGUACAUUAGUUCUAUGUACCUAAUGAACAUCAAGUAAUGGAAGUGUAACAACAACUAUGACGUAAUCGUUAGAUGAUUU